UGUCGUUUAUGCCGCAGAUGAUGACCAUACAAGACCAGACGACGUUCAAAACUUGGAAUAGUUCGACUCCAAUAUUCAGUCCGGCGUAAUGGCAGUCUCAGCUUUCAGAGGCACUCGCUUGUCUCUGUUCCAUCACCCUCAGUUGCCUGCUGCUGCGAACAUAUCAUGCCGAUCGAGGAAGCUAAAUAGCAUCAGAAGCUCGAAGGGUUUCACCCUUUUUGCUCGAUACUCACAAGCACAAGAUCUUUUCUCUUCUCGCUUUCAAACUAGUAUUGAGGACUUGCCCAAACUGGUGGAGGAUAUUCUCCAGACAUCAAUAAACACUGGUCCACGUGGAGCCUUAAGGCUAGCUCAAGGUAUUCAAGCAUUUGUUGGGGUUGGAGGGGAAUGGCUGGCAGAUGUAUCGAGGUCAACAAACUCAUAUGCUGGAUUAGCACCUCAAAUGCAGCUUGGGUUACUCUCCCCACGUUAUUUGAGGAGAUUGUUUGAACGCAUGGGAGCAACCUACAUCAAGUUAGGACAGUUUGUAGCAUCUGCACCUACGUUGUUUCCGCCAGAAUAUGUUCAAGAAUUUCAGAACUGCUUUGACAGGGCUCCUGCAGUUCCAUUUGAAGAAAUUCAAAUGAUCUUGCGUGAGGAAUUAGCAAGACCUAUAGACAGUGUGUAUGAAUAUGUUGACCCUACACCAAUUGCCUCAGCCUCCAUAGCACAGGUCCAUGGUGCCAAGCUCAAAGGGUCCCAGGAGGAUGUGGUUAUAAAGGUUUUGAAACCUGGAAUAGAGGAUAUUUUAGUGGCAGAUUUGAACUUUGUUUAUAUUGUUGCUCGCAUAUUGGAGUUUUUGAAUCCCGAACUCAACCGUGCUUCAUUGGUUGGUAUUGUGAAGGAUAUUCGGGCAUCAAUGCUUGAAGAAGUUGACUUUUAUAAGGAGGCUGCAAAUAUUGAGUCAUUCAGAAGAUAUAUUGAGAAUAUGGGACUAACAACAAUGGCUACGGCUCCAAGAGUGUAUCAUCAUUGCAGCACCAAAAGGGUUCUCACCAUGGAGAGGCUAUAUGGUGUUCCCCUCACCGACUUAGAUUCAAUAAGUUCACUUGUUUCUAGUCCGGAGAACAGCCUGAUUAAUGCCCUUAAUGUGUGGUUUGGUAGUUUGCUUGCCUGUGAAACUUUCCAUGCUGAUGUCCAUGCAGGAAAUCUGUGGAUAUUACGUGAUGGGCGGAUUGGUUUUCUUGAUUUUGGAAUUGUUGGACGCAUAUCCCCAAAAACAUGGGCUGCUAUGGAUGUGUUUCUGCAAUCUAUUGCAACAGAAGAUUAUGAGUCAAUGGCAUCUGCACUGAUUGAUAUGGGAGCUACAGACAAAGAUGUUAAUGCUAAGGCUUUUGCAAGAGACUUGGAAAAGAUAUUCUCAUCUAUACAAGAUCUGGACACCGAGGUAGUUGUUGCUGCAGCCAAAGGACCAACUACAACUGCAACUGCUGUUUCUGCUAAUAUAAUUGUUGACGAGAGACAGAUGAAUGCUCUUUUCCUUGAUGUGGUUCGAGUUAGUGAGUCGUAUGGACUGAGAUUUCCUAGGGAAUUCGCACUUCUGAUGAAACAACUUCUGUACUUUGACCGGUACACUAGGUUGUUAGCUCCUAAUUUGAACAUGCUUCAGGACCAGAGGAUCAGAAUUGUAUCCAAUCGAAGAAACAGCUAUAUGGACAGCUAAGUAAAUAGUGCAAAUAUGUAAAUGUGCUGAGGAGUAUCGCCCAUUCCUCUCUUCUAUUUGUUAGUUAGUUAUCUUCCUGUGUUAUGUACUUCAAUUGUAACAAAACUAUAUGAAAGGAGGAAUUUUAGUCAUACAUCUCAAUAGAAAACACAAAGAAGUAGGAAAGGUACAUACUGUGUAAUACAGGAAUAGAUAUUGGAUAUGAAGGAUUUGUUCACUUUUGUGCUACGAGGGACCAGAGAUGUCCCCCAGGAAAAUCUGAUUGAAAUUUUGAUAAAUUAAUAUCAAGCACGUCUAUGUUCUAAUAA